AUGUGGCAGAAAUGGACCUACGAAGAAUAUUACAGAGAUAUCAGAGCUGCAGCGAAAAGUUUCGUGCAUCUUGGCCUGCAAAAAUACAAUGCUGUAGCCAUCUUUGGUUUUAAUUCUCCUGAAUGGUAUAUAUCUAAUUUUGGUAGCAUGUUUGCUGGAGGUGUAUCUCUUGGUAUCUAUACGACUAGCUCUCCUGAGGCUAUUAAAUAUAUCUUGGAGGAUAGUAACACUGCUAUAGCAGUUGUUGAAAAUACUGCUUCUUUGAAAAGGGUUUUAAAGGCAGCAGAAGGCUCAUUAAGGAUUAAGGCCAUUAUUCAAUAUACUGGAGAAAUUGAGGAGCAACAGCCAAAUAUCUAUACUUGGAAAGAUUUCAUUAAACUUGGAAAAGAUAUGUCAGAUGAAGAGCUUGAUAGCCGUACUGCUGAUAUCACACCGAAUAAAUGUUGUUCUCUUAUUUACACGUCCGGUACGACAGGAAAUCCAAAGGGUGCCAUGUUGAGUCAUGACAAUCUGGUUUGGACUGCCCAUGUUACCUGGGAUAGGUUGUAUAGUGAAUUACCACCAACCGGUCCGGAACGAUUUGUUAGCUAUUUACCACUUAGCCAUAUUGCUGCACAGUUAGUUGAAGUUUAUAUGCCAACCACUGUCCACGGUAGCGUUUACUUUGCAAGGCCCGAUGCACUGAAGGGGACUCUAGUGGAUACAUUGAAAGAUGUACGCCCAACCUUUAUGAUGGGUGUACCAAGAGUUUGGGAAAAAAUAGCUGAAAAACUUCAAGCACUCGCACGGCAAAAUCAUGGAUUGAAGAAGAAGAUUGGUAAUUGGGCUAAAGGAGUUGGUCUGAGAGGUAAUCUCAGUGUAAAUGAAGGUGGUUCUGUUCCAUUUGGCUGGGGUAUUGCCAAGGCUUUAGUCUUCAAAAAGAUUAAAGUCGGUUUGGGCUUGGAUAAAUGUAAACGACGUUACGUUGGUGCCGCUCCGAUUAGUAAAGACGCCAUGAAAUAUUAUAUGAGUAUUGAUUUGUCUUUACAAGAAGUAUUUGGAUUAACCGAAUCCAGUGGACCGUUCACCCUCAGCCCAGUUGGCGGUAUUAAAUUAGGAUCCUGCGGUAUUGCAAUCGGAGGAUUAGAUUCAAAGAUAGACCAACCAGACGAAGAUGGAGUUGGUGAGCUCUGUGGAUUUGGUCGAAAUGUCUUUAUGGGAUAUCUUAAUAAUGAAGCUAAAACUAACGAGGCCAUUGAUGAAAAUGGCUGGUUACAUACUGGUGAUCUUGCAAAACAAGAUAAGAAUGGUUAUGUGUAUAUUACCGGUCGUCAAAAAGAGAUCAUUAUAACCUCGGGCGGUGAAAAUGUUGCACCAGUACCAAUUGAAGAAGACAUUAAGAAGGAGCUCCCCAUGCUCAGCAGUGUUAUGCUUGUUGGAGAUCAAAGAAAGUAUCUAACUUGCCUCGUUGCAUUCAAGGUGGAAGUAGACCCUAACACUACAGCUCCUACAAAUAAGUUAACUCCAGAAGCUGUAGAAAUUUGUCACAAGUUAGGAGUUGAAGUAAGAACCGUUGAAGAGGUAAUAGAAGAUAAAACAGAUACUAUCAAGAAAGCGAUACAAGCUGGUUUGGAUAGGGUCAAUGAGCGAUCAAAAAGUAGGGCUCAAAAGGUACAAAAAGCUCAUAUUAUAGAGAAAGAUUUUUCCGUACCUGGCGGUGAAUUAGGUCCAACAUUAAAAUUAAAGAGGCCUGUGGUUCUAAAAUUGUACGCUGAUGUUAUAGACAAAGUGUAUGCCGAAGAAUAA